UUGAAUCUUCCCCAUCGUUUCACUUCACCUGCCGCUCCUCCUCUUCUCCACAACGCCACCUGCUGCCUGAUCGAGAAGAAGAGAACGACGCUGCCGAUCAAUCGUCUUCCAGCCCUGCCUCUGACGACCAGCGAGAAGACAGGAACACCGCUGGCUUCGUUCAAUCCUUCCUCUGGCGACCGCGACAAGGACAGAGGAUUAGCCUGCCGCCAUUCUGAGUUACCCUCUUCUUCAGUACUUUUGUCGUGUACGCCGGCAGCCGUGGGGGAAGGCUCCAAGGUCGUCCUCAACUUCCCCAUCGAUGACGUCAGCAGGUGCCUCCGGGAGAUAGGUUGCAGCAUAUUCAAGGAGCACCCGUCCCCCGCCGAGGCGCUCAGCCGGCAGAGCAAGGCUGCGAUGGUUGAAAAGGGCCGCCAGAAUCAUAAGGAGGAGGAGGAAGAAGAAGUGGUGGAGUUCGAAGAUCUUGGAGCUGCUUUCUUGGAGCAAUUGUUGUGCGAGAGCUCCUGCAAUGUGGCAACUGGUUAA